CCGGGUCCACCCAGCGCCGGGCCGCGGGCGCCGCUGGCCGAGGGGGGGUGUCCUGGGCCCGGGUCCCGCGCGGCGCUGCCGCCCCCUGCCUGCGCCCCCGGCCAUGAGCCCCUGAGCCGCGGCCCCGCGCAGGCAGCUCCCGGCCGGGACUGGCCCCGCAGCCCGGGGGACCGGACCGGACCGGACCGGACAGGCGGAGGGAGGGACCGGACGGCGGGCGAAUGGCCGGGAAGGACUAUGACCAUCUCUUCAAGCUGCUCAUCAUCGGGGACUCGGGGGUGGGGAAGAGCAGCCUCCUCCUGCGGUUUGCAGAUAACACGUUCUCAGGCAGCUACAUCACCACCAUCGGCGUCGAUUUCAAAAUCCGGACCGUGGUGAUCAACGGCGAGCGGGUCAAGCUGCAGAUCUGGGACACGGCCGGACAGGAGCGAUUCCGCACCAUCACCUCCACGUAUUACCGCAACACCCACGGCGUCAUCAUCGUCUACGAUGUGACGAACCCCGAAUCCUUCGUCAAUAUCAAGCGCUGGCUGCACGAGAUCGGGCAGAACUGUGACAGCGUCUGCAAGGUGCUGGUGGGGAACAAGUGCGAGGACGCGGCCCGGAGGCAGGUGGAGACGGCCGACGCCCGGCGCUUCAGCGAGCAGAUGGGGGUGCGGCUCUUCGAGACCAGCGCCAAGGAGAACCUCAACGUGGAGGAGAUGUUCAACGCGGUGACGGCCAUGGUGCUCCGCACCAAGCAGGAGAACCUGGCGCGGCUGCAGCACCCCGAGGUGGUGAAGAUCAACAGGCCCAAGAAGAAGCCCCCCGUCAAGAAAUGCUGCUGAGGGGUGGGGGCCCCCGAAAGCUGGGGGGAACUGAGCCCCUGCCCCCACCCCCUGGAGCAGAGAUGGACUGUGUGUAUAUGGGGGGGGGAUCUGCAUUCCUCCCCCCCCUGCCUGGGGGCUGGAGGGAGCGGGGGUUUGGUGGAAGGAAGAGAGAGAAGGGGGAAUGGAGGAGACUGUUCUGCCCCCCAAUCUGCCCCAGGCCCCCCGUCCCUAUCCCUCCACCCCACUGUGAAAGGGACGAUGCCACUUCCCGCCCCCUGAAGUCAUCAGGGUCCCACAAGUCCGGAGUGGGGGAACAGGGGAAUUGCUGAUCCGCCCCCACUUGUUGGGGGGGGUGUCUCCCUUCUCCAGCGGGGGCCCCCCACGUGCCCCUCUGCACUAUGCAAUCCAACCCUCCUGAGCACUGGAAAGGCAGCAGUGGGAAAUGGGGGUGCAGCGAGCACCCCGAACCCUCUCCUUGCCCCCCACGCUCUGGCAGUGGCCAGGGAUGUGGCCCCCUCACUGGGAACAAGAUGGGGGUCCCCCCUCUGGGCUCAAAGCUGGGGUUCCUGCCCCACUAGGAACGUGGUGGGGGGCAGCCCCUGCGCGGGGAGCAGCCCUGGGCCCCCUCCUGGGGGGCUCAGAAUUGGGGUUCACCCCAGCACUGGAACCGGGGGCACGGCUGGGGGGUGGGGUUGGCCCCCCAAUAACUGUGCAAUAAUCCGGCCCCGCCCCGGGGGGCUGAACUGACACUAACCCCACCCCAGCCGCUGCCACGGAGACUGUUUUCCUUCAAUAAAGACAAUUUAGGUAUGAAAA